AUGUAAAUUGGUAAAUUAAAUAAAACAUAAGUUAAUGAAGAAAAACAAAACUCAAGAGUCUAUAAUUCAAUGCAAGUUGGAAGUGCUAAUAAAAAUUCUACUUAAGAUUAUUAAGUACAUCUAAGAGCAGAUUCAGCAAUUCUAAUACCAUUAAUAGAUGCCUCUAUGUAGGCAUGGGAUGAAAAUGUUAUUUCAGAAGUCGCAAAUAAAGAUUCAGGUAACUAUGAAACCAAUUUUUAUCAAUUCAAACAUUUUCUUGAAGAUUAAUGUGUUUUCUUAAAAAACAAUUAUGAUCUUGCAAUUAAGAUUCUUGAGUAUUUAGAUAAUAAAAAACUUUAUGUUGGUUACAUAAAAAAUUAAGAAGCCUAAUUAAAUAUUGAUGAAAAAGCCAGAAGCACAACAAAUAUCCAGAAUACAAUUAAAACUAUCAGAAAGGACAUAUAUCGCUUUAGAAAAGAACUUAAAGAAAUAAUAGCAAUCUGUGCUGAAGCAGAAACACCUUUAAUACUCAAUGAAGUUGGAAAUCUUAAGGAGGAGAUCUUGGAGAGAUACAAUUAAUUAAUGAAUGAUAUCAUACCUGGUAUAUUGUUCGAUGAUAUCUCAAUUGAAAUAGUUCAAAACUAUUACAUCAAUUAAUCUAAUGAAUCUUCUGAUGAAGUUGUUCAUUUUAAUUCUGUAAAGUAAUAUCAUCUAUCACCUUUAAUACCUCGAUUUAGAGCGUAUGUUUAUUAAAUUUAUGAAAUUGCUUAAUCAGAAUUUAAUUUAACUUAGUAAUUAAAUAUUUUAUCAUAGAAAUUUUCUAAACAAGUUAUAACAACUUGGAAAAAGUGCAAGCAAUUAAUAAAAUUAAUCAAUUUAAUUGUAUUAUGAUCUACCUUCUUUAAUAGAUUAAUUUAAAGUCAAUCUAAAUCAAUAAUGCUCUUUAUUGCCUACAACUCUAUAAGAUGAUAAAGAUUAUUGGAAUUAUUAUUAAUAAAAUGUAUAAUUAAAGGAGAAAAUAAAUAAUGAUCUAAUUAGUAUUAAAAUAAAGAAUGAACAAGAAUAAUAAGAGAAAAGUGUGCUUUAAAUAGAAUUUAAUCAAUUAGUUGAACAAUAAGAUUAUUUUCAUAAUUUAUUCCUUUUUUAAAAACAGAUUCCAAUUCUAAUAGAUUAAUUAAGAGAUAUAAAUUAAUAGAAGGAUAAAAUAUGGAAAGAUUUACCUGAAAAUAAAGUAAUUGAGAAAGCAAAAUUAUAAUAAAUGCUUUAAAGUUGCAUUAAUAUUAGUAAUAGUAUAAAUGAUAAAUUUCCUUAUGGGAGAAUUCCAUUUAAAUUUUAAUAAGUGUCAAUGACAGCUGAUAAUUUAGCUAAAUAGAUUCAAGAUCUUAUGGAUUUAAAUAUUUUAUAGGAUUAAAUAUAUGUAAAUAAUCCAAGUUUGACUGAGAGAAUAAAAGAAUUAAUGAAAUGGGAAUAUAAUGGUGAAUCAAUUGACUAAGCUUAAGGUGAAAAUGCAGAAAUAAAUAGUUAUUUAGCUAAUUUAUUUGAAUUAAAUUCAAUUACAAAUGUAUAAAAUAUAAUACUUUAAAAAUUUAGAAGCCACCUUAGAUUGAAAUAGAAUUAAAUUAAUAACUUGAUUAAUGUAAUCCUGAGAAUAUAAAUGAAAUAAUGGAGUUGAAUGAAAAUUAUAAUAUAUGGAAGAAUAUGUAAGCAGCAGGAAUGUUUUUGAAUGAAGAAUAUUUAUAAUAAGCACUUUAAGAUUGUGAAAGACUACCUUAAUAUGCUAAGAAGUUAUAAUCUCUUAAGACAUUCUUUUCAAUAAAUUAAUAAAUGUAAUAUGUUGGAUACAUAACAGAUGUUUUAAGUUUGAUUUAAUUAGUAUAAACAAAAUAAUUGGAUCAAGCUAGAUUAGUAAUUUAAUAAUCAAAAAAUAUUCCAAGAAUAUAUAAAUCUAAUUUGUUAUAAGCACUUAAUUGA